AAGAGAUAUUUUACCUGUGUUUGUAAUUAAAGAGGAAAUAAUGGGAUACAAAAGUAAAUUAGAAAUAUUGAAUGGAAGCAAGGCUAAUUCUUUGUCAUUAACCAAAAAGGAUUGUCUUAAAGUUGAUAAACCUAAGGAACAGAUUGAUGGAGGCUAUGCAUGGGUGGUAUUAUAUUCUUGUAUUAUAUUACAAAUGUUCGGUGCCUCACUUUUGGGAACCUACGGUGUUCUUCUAGUUAACAUUGUAGAUUCAACAGGCUAUAAAACAUCCUUUAUAUCUUGGUACGGGGCAUUAACAUGCUUAACACAAGGUUUCUCAUCGUUUUUUUUGGGACCCUUAGUAGAAAUUUACAGUUGCCGCACUGUAACAAUAAUAGGAUCAUUAAUUUGCACAUUUAGCUACAUUUCAACAGCUUUCGUAAAAGAUAUUCCAUAUAUUCUUUUUACGCUGGGAUUUGUGCAAGGGCUUGGUAUUUCAUGUUUUCACGUUUGCCCUAAUAUCAUUGUAUCUAGAUGGUUUUCUAAGAAACAAUCUAUGGCUUUAACAUUAAUAACUUUUGGAAAGGGUAUUGGGCAACUUAUGUGGGGGCCAUAUGCAGCUUAUACGGUUGACUUAUAUGGUUGGAGGGGAUCAUUAAUUAUGAUUGGUGGUGUUGUUCUUCAUGGUUGUAUUCUUGGAGUCCUCAUAAAAGAUCCGGUUAGCGUCAAAACUGUAGAAAAGAAGGGCGGACUAUUUAAGGUUCUCUUGAAAAAUAUGAUACCAAUCGAGUUGAUUAAAAAUAAGUGGUUUAUUUUAUGUGUAUUGGGGAAUUUUCCUUUAUUAAUUGGCCAUGGUUCAGUUUUAUCCAUGCUUCCAAGAAGAAUUGUCGACAUCGGUUACAGUAAUAUUAAGGCUUCGACAACAAUUUCCAUUAUAGGCGGAACAACUAGUAUUGUACGUCUAAUUGUUUGUGGCUUAUCAGGGGUAAGCUGCUGUAAUAAAUCGAUGGCAUGUGCUGUUGCGACCUUGAUUACAGGCGUCUCGGCAAUUAUGACCAUAUUUUUGAAGGAUUAUACAAGUUUUGCUGUCUUUUCCGCAGUUUUUGGCUCAGUCUCAGCCGUCUACAUAUCCUUAAUUACACCAAUAAUAAUUCAAUUGGUGGAAUUGGACUAUGUUUCACAAGCAGUUGCCUGGCUUAACGUAGUUGUGGGUCUUUCUAUGGGAACUUGUAGAAGUUCAGUUGGUAUAUUAUACGAUUUGCAAAAUGAUGCUACAAUAUGCUUUGUUAUGGGCGGAGUCUUUUUAAUAAUUACUAGUCUGCUAUUUUUAUUUAUGUACUUUGCCGGAGUUGAGAGAAAAUCACCAAAAUUGAUCAUCACUAAAAGUCAUGAGGAGAAACAAUCAAUUAGUGAUAAAUAUGAAGUGACUCAUUUAUAACAAAAGCUGCGUUAUAAUCUUACUAUUACUACGUCCUCUCUGUCAUUCGUAACUUUACAUAUCACUCAAUAAUUUCCGUUUAUCCUUAUCUUUGCAAAACGUAGUCAGUUUUAGCAACCUUUUGACCCAUAAUGAAUACACCACUGUCACAAUUAUACUUUAAAAAAGCCAACUAUAAAUAGUCAAUUCGAAAAGUUGCA